AUGUCGAGUGACAAGGAGAACGAUAAGACAAAGAACGAUAAGAGAGAGCGAGACGGAUCUACCGGCGACCAAGAUGAUUUUCCCUCUCUUAAGCGUAUACAGUAUAUACGCGUGUACGACGAAAUGCGCGAGCAAAUGAGAGCAUUACAGGGACAAAUACAAUACCUAGUGAAUUUGUAUUCUCAGAGGGACGAGGACACACAAUCGACCGCGGAGGAACCUCCACUACGUGACAUCCUAGAUUUAGGUAAGCACGAGACUGAGGCUAACACCGAGAAGAAGUUAGUUCAGGCUGAUCCGACAAAACUACAGACCUCAUCAGGGCUUCAGAGGUUUGAGAUGAAUGAUUGGAAAGACAUUAGGUAUGGCGAUACUCUUAGAGAAUUUUCAGCCUCACCGGGAUUCACAGAGCUCAAGGUCAACGAAGAGCUCAGCUACCUGGACAAAGGUAAGGACUAUCAACAGUCCACUGAGCGGUUGCUAGCAGGUCUAGCUAACGCAGUAUUGACGCUGGGCAUAAUCGAGUGGGCUAACCAGUAUCCCGAUGGUAUAGGUUCUCAAAAUUUAAUAAACAUGUUUAACCUAAAUUUUGGGAAAAAAUCGGAGACCUUCCGUAACUCUGAAAGGAUGUUACAGAUAUUUUGUGGAAAGAGGGCCUCUUAUAUUGAAGCGAGACGAGAGAGGAUAAUUAAUGAGGCACCGAACAAACAGGUUCAAGGAGCACUGAAGAGAAUUCCUCCUUGUCCUGAGUACCUUCUCGAGCCGGCGCAUAGCAGUGGUAAGCAGAGAGGCUCUAAUUGUCUUAGCAGGAUUCCAAGACGUGAUAACUUCUACACACCGAGAGCUCCUCAGAUAUCAACUAGUACACUGGACCAGUCCAGGCCACAGUACAGAAAAAUAUUCACCAAGAAGGAUUCAGCCAAGCCUAAGCAGUUGGAUACAUUUCGUAAGACAGACAGCAGGUGA